AUUUUGAUAUGUUCUGACUGCAUAAAUAAGUUUUCACUUUUGAAGUUAUUAAUCGAACGAUUGGUUUAAUUAAAGUUUUCUCUUCUUUCUUGCCUUGUUACUCACGAAACUUUAACUUUCGUGAACAGCUAUUUACUAUUUUUAAUAUAGGAAAGUACCUUUAUUAUUCGAGUUUAGGUACAUUAUGUUGUUUGUGUCCAUAUCUUCAACACAUCAUGAUAACCAUUGUUAAUGACAAUUACAUACAGCUUAUCGAUAUAUUUUAAAUCAACAACCAUGAUUCAAUUCUUUUUAGUAGCUUUUUGAGGUAUAUUAAACUAGGGAGAGUGUAGAAUGAAUCAUCGAAAGAUGCGCGCGCACAUAGGUACGGCUAUUCGUCGUUUUCUACGCGUUGCAACUUGCAAGCUCGUGUUAGAUCUUGAAGGAACAUAAAUGUUGACAGAUAUUUCAAAGUUACCACGAAAAUCAUCAUCUUGCAUAACUUACAUUAUAAAGCGAAUAUUUUUUUAUCUUCUUGAAUGCACGACAUAUCGAAUCACUUAGGAAUAAUCGCGAAUCUCUUUUAUAUAUUUUCGCAAGACUAUGGAGAAUGAACAACGACAUUAUGAAUUACGAAGUGGAAGUAGAUCACGUUCUAGAACUCCUUUGGUGCAAACUUCUACCAUGAUUGAACCAGAAACUUUAGAACAUCAUUAUCAUUUAAGAAGUUUAAGUCAGGAGAGAUCUCAUACUUCUGGAGAAGUUGCAAAUACUAAAAGAUCUGGUCCUAGAAUAUUGUCUGGUAGUAGCAGUAAGACAAAUGAUCAAAAUGUGGAGGCUAUAGUGGAAAGAAAAAAAGAAAUUCUCACUGUUGAAACAACAUUAGGGGAUAAAAAUAAGCGAUUUGAAAAUCCUUCUGUCUAUACAAAAAGAGGAGAACGUCGAUCUGAACGGCAAAAGGCAAAGAAACAGAUAUUUGCAAAUGGUCAAACUGAUAACAAGGAAGGUUCAUUUGAACAUAAAAGCGGAGAAAGCCAAAAAAACAUCUUUCCACAUAGAACUAUUACUAGUGAUUAUUCUUCAGAGGAAACAGAACAAGAAGAAUUGUCUGAUAGAUCAUGUUCUGCGCAUGAAAUCUAUAAGAAAGCUGGUGAUUGGUGGAAUGUAUUUCCUAAAACGGACUACACCUAUUCUGAAAGGUCCAAGUGUCGUUAUGAAAUAGCGCCCGGUAUACUAGCCAUGCCUAAUAUGUCACGGCGAUCCAUCCAUUCAAAUACGCAGGAUUCUAGUCGAUCCCUGCACGUUCCGUCUGAGAAUGAUGUAUAUGAAAGAACAAAUAUCGGAAAAGAGCGAGGAACAAAAGCAGAAGAUUCUAUACUUGUUAAUGAAUAUUAUGGAGCACAUAUAUCAAGUACGGAUAAGUCUAAAGCUCAAUACACAAAGACACAUAUAGAACAGUACCGUUGUCACAGGGAAGUAAUUUAUGCAGAACCUACUAGUUCAAUGAAUUCACAAUCAAGGCAAUCGUUGAGCUCUGAUUUACCAUUAAAACGUAUUGAUUCUCGAAAAUGUAGAAUUACAUCUGCUGUUGAUUCAGAUACUGAAUUAGAAGAAACAGCUUCAAAUAACUAUAGCCAAAGAAGCAAAAUAACACAUCAAUUUACUAGUUUUAUACUGGUUACUGCUUUAUGGUUUAGCAAAUUCCUUGAAUUUCUAAAGCUUAAGCCAGUCAGAAGAAGAGAAUAUUAUGCCACUUACGAAUAUCAAAGAUAUGAGUCUAGAUGGUCCAAGAUAUGGAAAUAUAUUGACAGUCCUUUGCAGUAUAUUUAUCUUUUUAUGGUCAGGGUGUUUUUCUUUGACUCGUGGUUGUUGAGUCGUGUAUCCAGUAUUAGAAGAUGGAUGCAUCAGAAAAGCCCAACACUGUUUUGGAUUGCUUUAUUGCCAUUGUUUCUUCUUACUGGAACUUACAUCGUGCAAAAACAGUCCUUUAUCUGUCUGGAUUCUCUGCACAAUAUUCCCUAUGAUGUCACUGAGACGACCUAUCGCAUCUUUAACAAUAUUAUCAGUUGCUGGUGUUUACCACAUCUUUCAGCUCUGUUUCCUCAGACCAAAGUUAUCACGCGGGAAUUUGGAACUGGACAGGAGUUAGUUGCAAGUGAAAAACAAUUAUUUUUAAAGGGGGAAAUGUUUGGAAAAGAAGAUAAUUUUGAAUCGAUCACCGAAAAAUUACACAGUAGAAUCAACAAUUUGGAGGAUCGAACUAUCGAACAAUCUGACCGUCUUUUCAAUAUAACUCAAGCGCUGGAGCGGCUUAAAGAAAGAGGAUAUAUCUGGCCAAAAGAUGAUAAUGAAAUAUUAUUGUUGGAGGAGAGACUGAAAGAAUAUAAAUUAGCUGAUAUCUAUUCUCAAGAAAUUGAUGUUAUUAAGUCGCAGUUGGAGAAACUGAAAGAACUUUAUUCGGAGUUAAAAUUAUGUUGUAGCACACGUACAAGUCAUAUUACUAGCGAAGAUUUAGAAAAACGUAUCGAAAUGGUCUUAAUUGAUCAUUUCGGUACCUUGAUGUCGAACGCAGAAAAAGUUAAAGUUCGAGACAAAUCGUGGAUUGCGAAUGAUGUUAUAACGGAUGAUCGAGUUCGCGAAAUAGUCAAGGAGGCCAUAAAAAUAUAUGAUGCGGACAAAACGGGACGCGUUGAUUAUGCUUUAGAAUCUGCCGGUGGUCAGAUCAUUAGUACACGUUGUACUCAAAAAUACGAUAUAAAAACUAGAGUAGUCAAACUGUUGGCUUUUACACUAUAUCAUGAAAAUAAUAAUCCUCGUACAGUGAUACAAGGAAAUCCAAUACAACCAGGUGCUUGCUGGGCAUUUCAAGGUUUUCCAGGAUAUUUGUUAAUUAAGUUACGAAGUUCUAUUUAUGUUACUGGAUUUACAGUUGAACAUGCACCGAAAUCGAUUUUACCCAAUGAAGAAAUGAGAAGUGCUCCUAAAAAGUUUAAUGUCUGGGGUUUUGUCGAUGAAAAUGAUUCUGAACCUGUAUUGUUUGGCGAUUACGAAUUUGCAGCUUCGGAUGAUAGUCUACAAUACUUCCCAGUUGAAAAUACAGUAAUCAAGACACCAUAUGAAUAUGUGGAAUUAAGGAUACACAGUAACCAUGGACAGCUUGAAUAUACAUCAGGAGUGGAUUUGCAAUUCGAUUCAUAUCAGUCAAUAAAGGGAGUAAGUAAAUGAGUCGGUGAGUGCGCGUGAGUCAGUAAUGAGUGUCAGUGGAGAAAGGGUUGGGAGGGAAGAAGAUUGGAAGGGAGAGCCAUUGCAUGUUGUGCCUUCAAUUACUCUUCGAUAUAACAAUAACCAUCACGAUUUAAGGAGAGAUUUAUCCUUUAACGCGUAGAGACAUACGCAAAGUGAAUAAAGCGAACGUAAGUUACCGUUAUCAUACGUAGACAGUACAAGCCUAAGUGUAUAUAUGUAUAUGUAUAUACAUUUAUACACAUAUAUACAUAUACAUAUAUACGUAAGUACAUGGAGUCGAUUAUUUAAUCAUUUUCUUUCUUGUAUGAGUGUUUAUACUUCUUUUCCCACAAG